GGGCGCAGUUGAGACUCUAGGUCGGGUGCACUUGGGCAGAGAGUACCCGACGUGAAGCAGCAUUCGGUUGUAUUUCUCGGUUUUUGUUUGUUUGUGUAUUUUCUGACCCGCAGGAAUUGACCAAGCAUGGAGACUUCAGAUUUUUACACACAUGCGGUGUUCUUCCAGUGUGACGGUAUGGGGGCUGAUAUGCUCCGCAAGAUCAAGAACUAUUUCCAGAUUAAACGUAAAUCAGGAGGUGGAGAGUGUGGUCGUGUGACCAAAGUGGACGACAAGUUUUACAGCAUCGCAUUUAAAGACAAGGACGCCCAAGAGAGAGUCCUGCAGAGGAGAGACCAUCAGUUGACGUUAGAAGGAGGCCCCCUGGUGCUCACUGUCCAGAGCAGCCCAGAAUCUGGAGCCUCAGCUCCUCUCGUUGCUUCUACUACAGGCCAGGUUCCUACUACUACACCCCUGGACUUGUCUUCAACCACGAGUCCACAGUCUGUCGAGUAUGAGCUACCCUGUGAGCGCUACCUCCUUCAGUACAUUCAGGAAUGUGAGAAACCUAGAAAAGAGUUGGAGGCAGAGCUUGCCUUGUUGGACUGCUCUCUUCAGCUUUACCCAGACCAGGAGAGGGUUCUAGUCAGGAGAGCUGCUCGGCCUGGUGCUACAGAUGAGAGAAAGAGCUGGAGACAUGAAGUGAAAAAGCUCUUUGCUAAUUACCAGUGCCACUUUGAGAUGGACAUGCACAAAGUCAAGGCUUUGCUGAAGUCCAGCAGCUCUCAGCAAACCUCUGAUGACGUGAAGGUGUAUGAAGAACUCGGUCUAGCUGUGGUUGUUGGGAAAUGUGCCAUGGUUCGUGCCAGGUUGGAAAGGGCGGUGGAGUUAGUAGAUAAAACUCAGAGGCCCGGUGUAUCUGACAGACAGGUCAGACUGGGUGAAGCCAAACUCCGCCUCCUCUGGCCAGAGAUAGAUCAAGGUUUGAGACAGAAACUUCCAGGUGUUAAAUUUACCCAGGUGGAUUCUUGUAAUGUAGUUUUAGAAGGUUCUUUGAAGGACAUUGUUGAGGCUCGUGAAUCGUUGACCAUCUUACAGGGUCUGGUGGUUGAAAAUAUCGUGUCUGACAUGAGCCCUCAACUUUUGACCUUUCUCAGGGAAGCUUACGGAGGUGCGCGGGGGCUUCGCUUUUUUUUAGAUGUUGAUGAUGGCGUUGAAAUCGACUUACGAGACACAGAGCUCCGGUUCCUCUCCCUGUCUGUGGAUAAACUGAACGCGGCGGUAACUAGAAUGAAAAAAAGAUUCAAAACAGUGGAGAAUUGUUUGCCUGGCUACCUCACUGUUCCACUUGAGCUGCAGUGCCGGCUUAAAUCCUUGAUGAGUGAAAUGAACCAAGGACAGUGCAAGGUUGAGGCUUUGUUUGGCCCAGGUGGCACCGUUUGUUUACUGGGCCAGACCGAAGAAGUUAAAAAGCUGUCGGAUAUUGUCAACCAAUUUGUUUUGGGUCAAACCAGAAUGGAGGAAAAAAUCAGUCUUCCUUUUCCAGGGUUAGAGCAGGACCUAGCAGAACUGCUUCACCUUCAAGGCUUUAACCAUGAAGCGGUUACUUUCCACCCUGAGCCACUGUCUGUUCCUCCCACAGUGGUUCUGGCAGGGCUCUUCAGCAGAGUGGCCGAGGUUAAAACCAGGUUAUGUUCAUUUUUAGAUUCUCUGGUACAGGGCCAUGUCUCCAUCAACCUGCCGGGGGCAGUAAGGUUUUUUCAAAGUCUACCUGGACGUGAGAGUAUUUCAAAAGUAUCCAAAUCUCAAAAGUGUCUAAUCAAGCUAUGUGAUCAGUCUAGAGCUACCCCUAGUGAUGAGGACACCAUGACAGUUGCUACGUACACGCUCCGUGAUGGGCCCCAGGUGGUGGUUUGUCAGGGUGACAUCACCAAACAGAAAGCUGAUGCCCUGGUUAAUGCUGCCAAUGAAGAUCUAGAGCACUAUGGAGGUGUUGCUGCUGAGCUGAGUAGAGCAGGUGGCCCCACAAUACAAAAGGAGAGUCGUGUUAUAGUCAAGUGUGUUGGUAAAAUCCCUACAGGUGAUGUGGUGGUGACCACAGGCGGGCACUUAUGCUGUAAGACACUCCUGCAUGUUGUUGGUCCUCGAGCUGGAGCUGUAGGUGGUAGGGAAAAGUCCUUGAUUAUAAAAGCAGUCGGUUCGGCUCUGCAUAUGGCUGAAGAAAUGAAGCUGGAGUCUAUAGCCAUCCCUUGUAUCAGCUCAGGAGUGUUUGGCGUUCCUGUAGUUGUGUGUUCUGGGGCUAUUGUGAGCGCUGUAAGUGAAUUUAGUAGUCAGAGAGGGCGUAGUCUAAAAAAAGUCAUCCUGAUUGACAAGAGUGUGGCUGUGGUGAGUGCCUUGGACAACGCCUGCCAGAGGCUUUUCCAAGGAAUCGGUACCAAAGUUGGUGAGUCUCAGUUAAAAGCUGCCCCCAUUCACCCACUUGGAGGAGCUGCUGGUGGACCUCCGGGAGUUGUCCAUGUUGAAAUGGUUCAGGGAACGGUGGAGACUCAGCAGGUAGAUGCACUGGUAUCUCCUAUGGUUGGACAUAAUCUUCUGUCCAGCCGCAUUGGGGUUGAUUUGAACAACAUGGUUGGGCCUCAGCUGAAAGCCAAGUUCAAUAAAGACGCAGGACGAGCAACAGCACCAGGUGAGAUAGUGGUGCUGGACGGGCUGCCCAACCUUACAUCUAAAGCAGUGUUCUUUGCUCAUCUUAUGCCCUGGGAUAACAACCAAGAUGGAGCAGCAGUGCAGGUUCUCAGACAAUGCAUGAGAAAAGUACUAGCAUCUUGUCGGAUCAAAGGCUUUACUUCACUUGCUGUCCCAAUCCUCGGGACCGGUGCUGUCCUUAAAUUCCCUCAUGGCCUUGCGUCCAGAGUUCUUUUAGAGGAGGUUCAUCAGUUUGAUGAGGACCAGGCCAGUGGAUCUUCGUUCCUGGUCCGUUUUGUCAUUCAUCCAUCAAACAGAGAACUGAAAAAGGCGUUUGAGGAGGCUCAGGAAAGUUUAAAUGUCAGAGGAUUUGCGGGAACUGACAAUUCUGACAAUUCAAGUUCUGAUGAGGACACAGAUACCUACACAACCUGGCUGGGCACAGUCAAACUUCAGAUGAUCCUGGGCAACAUCCUGAAUGCACAAACUGAUGUCAUUGUUAACUCGACUGAUUUCUCCGGCAACCACUCAGGUGUUUCCAAAGAGAUUCUGACCGCCGCUGGGCCGACCGUCCAAGCAGAGCUAACAAGAUUGGGCACUCCGGCACACUACUUUUGCACCACAGGACCCGGUUUGCUUGGCUGCAGAGAAAUCAUCCACGCUACAUUCAAAUGCAGCCCUGAGUUGAUUCAGAAGAAUUGCAAGAAGAUACUGCAGCAGUGUGAGGACAGAGGCUACCAGUCAGUAGCCUUUCCUGCAAUCAACACUGGUGCAGCAGGUAUGGACUUUAGGAAAGCCUGUCAAGCCAUGUUGGACGGCAUUACGUUAGCAGUUAAAGAGUUACAACCCAUGUCCCUCUCCCUCAUCCACAUUGUUAUCUUCAAACAAAACGUCUUCCAGGCCUUCAGAUCAGAGUUGGAGAGUCGUUUUGGACAAACCGUCCCUGGCAGCACUGAUAUGAGAGAAAAUCCUGAGAAAGAAAAACCUUUAAAGAACUUGAAAACCACAAAUGAUGCAGUCGCCACCUCCUCUCAGUUUGAGCCAGCAGUCAUGGUCGUCAUCGGUUGCGACGUAAAAAUCCUCACAGUUGUUGAAACAAAAUUGGAGGAUGUCCUGAGGAAUCACCUGAUAGAGCGGGAAGUGAAGGUGUGUGAUUUUGACCGACUCACACACCAGGAGCAGGAGACGGUGUUGUCCGAAGUCAGAGCCUCAGGAAUGAGUAUGGAAUUUAGGAGUGCUCCAGGAAAAGCCAAAGGCAAAAACGCAGAGGGCGCUGUGGAUCAUUACCUGCUGAGAGGCCUGAAGGAGGAUGUUUUAAGUGUCUUUGCGCUAAUAAGCGAUGCCGUUCGGAAUUAUCUUUUUGAAGACAACCAAAACAAUCAGGAAAAUUUGAUGGCAAUGAUAGCACGUUGGUACAUCCAGGAUAAAAAAAAAGAGGUUUGGCAACUUCUUGAUCAAAAGGAAAACUGCGAGCUGGAGACGGCGCACAGGGACAAAAAGACAUCAGCAAAAAUCACAGCACCAGAUGGAACAGUAGCACAAGUGAACCUGAAGACUUACACUGCCACAAGCCAACAAGGGACCAAAUACAAAGUGAAAAAGUCUGAGAUAUCUGAAGGCUUUGAGAUGCCAAUAGAAUGGGAGCCCAUGAAUGGAGAAUCCUUUAAGAAAGUCAAGCUGAAUUCUACUUUAAAGGAGUACAAGAAGGUCGCAGAGGAUUUCAAGGCAACAGCCAAUCAUAAUAUCAUAACGAUUGAACGUGUGCAAAAUGUCUACCAGUGGAAGGCCUUCGCUGUGUGUAAGGAGCGCAUUGGCAAGAAGAAUGGUUUACAGGAACUUGGGGAAAAGUUUCUCUACCAUGGCACCGCAGCAGAGUCAUGUGACUCCAUCGAAAAAGGUCGAUUUGACAGGAGCUUUGCUGGACAGCACGCUACCAUGUAUGGAAAAGGAGUUUACUUUGCUGUUAACGCACAGUAUUCAGCGAGGGGAUAUUCACAACCGGACGCCUCAGGAACUAAGAGGAUGUAUGUAGCCCGUGUCCUGACAGGCCGAUACACCAAAGGUGAGGCUCAGAUGAAGAACCCACCCCCUCGUGCCAACGAUCCCACCGACCGCUAUGACAGUUUAGUGGACAACUGUCAAAAGCCGAACAUGUUUGUGAUCUUCCACGACGACCAGGCCUACCCAGAAUACCUCAUCACUUUCAACUGAGAAAAGUUUCUCGUGGUAUCAGUUGUAAGUCUGUCUCCGGUUUUUGUUUUUCAUUUUAAUCACAACUUUUGAAAAAAAAUGAUCAGCGCUCAUAUUAAGAACACAAAGAUGUCGCUAAAGACCCUUAGCUCAAGCAUCGUUUUACAGUAAAGACUGGUCUAAUUUGUCGCUAGCCUGCUUUGCAAACCAUCAACAGUAUUUUCAAUUGGUGCCACUAGAUGGCGGCAUACACAACAUAACUGUUGUCAGACGGAUCUACCUCUGUCAGAGGCCCCCAGCUACCGAACUGUCCCGGGGUUAUGGGUUAUGUCAUCGUCUAUUCCAACCCAUAAAAUCAGUAUACUCCUGGAAGAAAGUGUGUAUUUUUCAUGAAUAAGUAGUAUAUUGAAUACAUUAUUACUGUGAUUAGAGUACUGUAUAUUUAAGCUUCUGGAUUGUUUACUAUUCUGAUGGGUGAAUUGCAUCAGAUUGAAAUACCUAAUCUUUCAUACAUGGUAUGCUAUUCUGAUCAUAAUAGUAAUUAAUAAUAAUUUGAACUUUAUUGAUCUCACUUUUUGGAAAUAGCUGUGUUAACAGCAGAUCUAUAACAGGAUGACCCUUGGGAGCGCAAAGUAUGUGGUUCUUUUGGGGGUCGUAGCCAGGACCUUCUGUGUGUAAGCCAUAUGUAUAAGCCAGCACUAUGCAACCACAAUGGGUUAAUUGCAACAACUGGAUAAAUAUACGUGUAGUUUAAUACACUGUAUACUACUCUGGUAGGUUAAUUGCACCUGUGGCAUUACAUACAUAUAGUAUGUAGUAGUAAUAUGCAUGUAGAAUAUGUCAAAUUUAUGUAGUGGAUUUAUUAAAAGUGUGUGUCAAUGUGCUGCUGAUCAUUAGCAUACCGAAUAUUACAUAUUAGACACACCUAUUUUUUAAAAACAUGCACUGUCAUAAGUAAACCGCAUUCCUGAAGUUUCUGUAUACCGUAUUUACUGCAUUAAUAGUUCAAAUGUAUUACUUAGU